CUCCUCCGCUUCAGUUUCAGUAUCGACCUCCUUCGCGCAGCAUCUCUGCUCUUCAUCCUCCGUCUCCAUCCUCCCCCUCUUCCUCCUCCUCCGCCUCAGCACCGCUUCCUCUGCAGGUGGAUGGAGGCUGGGAGCCCCGGAGACAGAAGCCAUGGCCGGGAUGCGCUGCCGUCACACUGCUGAGCACCUCCCUUCGCGCCGGGGACCACAUCCUUAAAUGACCCGCGGCUGAGGAGAGGGGGGUGUCUCCGGAUCCAGCGCCCGGAUCAUGGCAUGCUGCCCACACCGGGCAUUCAGCACUGACCAUGGGGCUCCGGUCCAGGACCGUCGUUAGCGGCUCGGACGAGCAGAAGAAGCCCUCCGGCGCUCCUCCCGGGGACUUACUGGACCAAAGCACCGCAGGAGCGGACAAGGAUGGCGCCCUGCUGCUGGUGGCUCCGGGCCGGGAUGACUACAAGCGGAGCUCCCAGGGCAUCGGCAUUGGGCUGCUGGCCAAGACCCCCCUGAACUACGCCCGGCCGGCCAAGAGGAAUAACAUCCGCAAGAGGAAGAUCCAGAACCUGAUCUACGACGCGCUGGAGAGGCCGAGAGGAUGGGCGCUGCUCUACCACGCGUUCGUGUUUUUAAUCGUUCUGGGCUGUUUGAUUCUGGCCAUACUGACCACAUUCAAGGAACACGAGAACGUGUCGGCACACUGGCUGGUCAUACUGGAGACGUUCGCCAUCUUCAUCUUUGGAGCCGAGUUCGCGCUGAGGAUCUGGGCGGCCGGUUGCUGCUGUCGCUAUAAAGGAUGGAGGGGCAGGCUGAAGUUCGCUCGCAAACCCCUGUGCAUUCUAGACAUCUUCGUGCUGAUUGCCUCGGUGCCGGUGGUGGCGGUGCGUAACCAGGGAAAUGUGCUGGCCACGUCCCUGCGCAGCCUGCGCUUCCUGCAGAUCCUGCGGAUGCUGCGCAUGGACCGGAGAGGAGGGACGUGGAAGCUGCUGGGCUCCGCCAUCUACGCGCACAGUAAGGAGCUGAUCACAGCCUGGUACAUCGGCUUCCUGUCUCUCAUCCUGGCGUCCUUCCUUGUCUACCUGGUGGAAAAGGACGACGCCUCUGUGAGCAUGUCUGACCAGGAGAACCCCACGGCCCAGCCCAAAGAGCAGGACUUUGACACCUACGCUGAUGCGCUUUGGUGGGGGCUGAUCACACUGACCACCAUCGGCUACGGGGACAAAACCCCAAAGACCUGGGCUGGGAGGCUGCUAGCCGGCACCUUCGCUCUGAUCGGAGUGUCCUUCUUCGCUUUGCCUGCAGUGACGUUUGUUAACUGUCUGAUGUUUGAGACGUGUUUUCAUUUGAAGUGUUUGUUGCCACACAGGAUCAUGCAAUUCCUCUUGAACAAGAAGCGGUUUAAGGAAACUCUGAGGCCUUAUGAUGUCAAAGAUGUUAUCGAGCAGUACUCUGCUGGACACCUGGACAUGCUCUGUAGAAUUAAAUACCUCCAGACGAGGAUUGACAUGAUUCUUGCCCCUGGACCUCCUCUCACCCCAAAACACAAGAAAACUCAGAAAACACCCUUUACUUACCCGCCCAACCAGUCACCCAGGCAUGAGUCCUACAUAGCCAAAGCCACAUCCAUGCCAGAUGCGGAAGACCAAAGCAUGAUGGGCAGAUUUGUCAGGGUGGAGAGACAGGUGGAGGACAUGGAAAAGAAGUUGGACUUCCUGGUGGACAUGCACAUCCAGCACACUGAGCACCUGCAGGUGGACUCUGCCGGCUCUGCCCGCAUGACCCUGGAGACCUGCAAUCCUACGGCGAACGGUGAGAUCCGACGGGUUUUCCUCAACUACGCCGAGGCGUUCCCACACAUGUACCAGGUGCCUGUCAGCAAGGCGAACCCCUAUUAUGGCCGUGGAAGAGGAGGCAGAGAGGGGGUGGGGUUGGCAGGAGGAGUCGGCAUUGCCCCUUCGGUUCAUCAACCCCAACCCCCACCUUCAGCAAUCAUCCCCACUUACGCCGAGCGUCCCACAGUGUUGCCCAUCAGCUCCCUGCAGGACUUGUCAAUGGGACUGGGUAGGACCACAGGGGGGCAAGGUGGUGACUCACCGCUCUCCAUGCUAUCGGUUAACCACGAGGAGCUGGAGCGCUCGCCCAGUGGAUUCAGCAUCUCUGGGGAGCGGGAAGGGGAGAACUUCUCAAUGGGGGCCGGUUUGGCGCCCGGGGACCCUGGCUGGACGAGACCCAGGCCGAGCUACCUGGCGGAGGGGGAGACGGACACAGACACAGACCCUUUCACACCAAGCGGGGGCCCCCUGCCUCUCUCCUCCACUGGUGAGGGAUUCGGCGACGCUGUGUGGACCAUGCCACCCUGAGAGGAAACAAAUUCGGCGCAGAUAUCCACCACUCUGAGUUAAGAUAUUAAAUUCAACCCAAGCCUCUAAACCCAAGCCCUGGGUCAAAGCCACCGCUGUGGACUGAACGUCUGGGGAGGUUAAGUUGGAUCUUAUCCGAGAUAAUCGACCUUCAGAGGCCACCGCAGAUCUCAUCACGCCGUCCGCGGUCCAGUCAGAGAGCCAUGGCACUGAGACUGCCCAGAAAAAAAAAAGGGAAACCACACCGUUUGUAAAGUAAAACUCUGUACAGCGCACUCUUCGCAAAAGUUUAGCUGACAUAAAAAAAGAACAAUAAUAUACAUACUA